AUGUUCCCGCCCCGCAGCAGCCCCGCGCUUGCGCUGGUGUGCCUUCUCAUGGUCGCGGCUGGCGCGCGAGCCAAGACCGUGCUGACUGACACUGCCAACAAAACUGCAAAUGCCGCUUCGCUCGACGACUACUGGCUGCCCUGCGGCAAGACGACACCCUGCCAAGAUUCCACUGCCUGCUGCGCCAUCUGGGGCGUGUGCGGGUACACGGACCGCUUCUGUGGGCAACACUGCCUCAGCGGCGCCUGCACAGAGAGCAGCAGCCCGCCGCCGCCCACUGAAGGCAGUGACCCGCUGCCCGAUGAUGAUCUACCGGUGAACAUUGACUGGAGCAGGUUCACAGAUGCCCUGGUAAGCGUGCAGGAGGGCGAGGUGGCACUGGCGGGGUGCCUGGAUGCUGGGUGGCUCAUCACCCGAGUGGAGAACGCCAUCUAUGGCAACGUGGAGGGCCGCUGCAAUUCUUCACUCAGCUACACAAUCAUGUCCGCCGCAUGCGUGGGGCAGGUGGCCUGCAUGGUGCCCGCGGUCAACGCCAUCUUUGAUGACCCCUGCCCCACCAUCCGCAAGAGCCUGCAGUUUGGCUACAGGGCCAUCUUUGCCGCCAAAUGCCCAGACCUCAUCGCUGCCAUCCCCACCUACCCCGCCAAGUAUAAUGUACGGGACUAUGGCGCCAACGGAGACGGCAGGGCGGAUGACAGCAAUGCCUUCCUAAAUGCCGUGGAUGCCGCAUCCAAAGAGGCAGCCAUCACUGGCCAGGGAGUGGCAGUGCUGGUGCCAGCGGGGCGCUACAAGAUCACAAAGACGAUCACCAUCAGCCAGAGCAACGUGGUGCUGAGAGGCGCAGGCGUAGGCUCUACCACCCUUGUCUUUCCCCUUGGCCUGGCGGAGGUGUAUGGCACCGGCCAGGCCUGGGCAUUUGGUGGCACCUGGCUCACCAUCCUGGGCAAAAACCCUGACAGCAAGGACACUCGCAACUUUGUGACCACCAUCACGGCCACUGUGCCCAAGGGCAGCCGCCGCGUUACGGUGGCCUCCACCAGCAAAAUCAAGGUGGGGCAGUGGCUGCGCAUCUUUGUGACCGCGCCUAACAACCGGAAUGGGCGGCGACGCGGCCUGCUGGCCAGCGAGCAAGUCGAUCGGCAGCAGAACUCGCGACGCGGGCUGCGGCAGGCGUCGGCUCCUGCACCGUCCGGAGACGAGGUGCCGCUGGUGGCACGCCUGUUUGAUGACCCAGCCCUCCAAGCUGCCCUCAGCGCCUCGUUUGUGGCAGAGGCCCAGCAGGCAGAGGCCCUGGCUGCCAACCCAGACAAGGUGCCGGCGCAGUGGUUUGAGCCCAACGCCACCAACCCGCUGGGCAUGGAUCCAUGGCUGCUGGCUGUGGGGCAUUUUGCCGCCAAUGCGCUGCUGGCCGACCCCGAAGAUGACAGCGGCAGCAGCGGCGGGGAGCGUGCCCCAGGGCUUGCUCUGGAUGGCACCCUUGACGCCUAUCUGUACGGAGAGAAUAUUGCUGACAGCGGGCGCAAUGGCGGUGUUUAUCCCAACGACGAUCAUAUCCGCUUUGUCUCCAGGGUGUCUGCCGUUGGGCCCAACUGGGUUGAGUUUGUGCGCUCCCUCCCAUAUGAUGUACGCCUGAGAUGGCAGCCGGUGGUGCACAACUUCAACCCCACUGUCCAGAACAGCGGAUUUGAGAUGCUGAACAUUGAGUUCCCCUGGAGCUCCUACUUUGAUCACCUGAAUGUGAAGGGCUACAAUGCGCUGGGCAUCUAUAGCGGCGUCAACUGCUGGAUGCGCCAGGUGUGGGGCGGCGGCAGGGUGUGCAUGUUCCAGGUGUGCCGUUCCAUGCUGCUGAUAGCCUGGGUGUGGCUGCUGCAGAUUCGGGUCGUGAAUGCAGACAAUGCGUUCAUAGUGAAUGGUGCAGACUUCGUAACAGUCACCGACGUGCAGACUGACAUCACCAAGACCAGGUCGGCUCCCAACAUGAACGACCGCAACGGCCACCAUGGCCUCUGGAUUCAACAGUCGAGCAAUGUGCUGAUGACCAGGUGGGAAGGCCUCCUAGGUGCAGGUAGCCAGAGGUUUGUGAUCAACUUCCGCUGGUUCCAUGACCUCUCCCUGGCCAUCUUCUCCGAGUCCUGCGUCUACGCCAAUGGCCGGGGCACAGACGUCAACAUUGACAGCCACCGCGGAGGCACCCACAACAACUUGCUCAGCAAUAUCGACAUGGGCAGGGCCACGCGUGCAUUCCAGUCUGGCGGCGCUUCUUUCCGUGGCGCACAUAGCGGUUCAAACGUAACGUGGUGGAACAUUUACCCGUCGAACAAUGCCCAGUCCAUCGCGCUACCCUCCUGUGACUAUGGCCCACUGCUCUUCUUUGCUGGCAACUGGGGAGCGCCGUCCUCGGCUGCAUCUGAUGACAGCGAGCGCCGACGGCGCCUGCUUGCGACCGACAAUGCAGCAGCCGCAGGACCUGCUCCUGCGCACUCCAAGGAGGACAGUGCCAGCAGUGGCAACGUGGAUGAAGGCAGCAACGGCCAGGAACGCGUGGGCGCGCUCGCGAUGCUGUCCUACUGCAGCCGGGAGAGCUGGCGGGUGGAGGAUGUGGACCCUGGCAAGCAGCUCUGGCCUGCUGAUGUAUAUUCAGCCAUGGUGACGGCACGCCAGGAGCGGAGAGUCUUCUUCUGA